AUGCAAGGACGUAUAGUGGGUGGUUAUGCACCUGCACCCAAUUCUAUCAAAUACAUAGUCUCAAUACAAACAACCAGAGGGCAGCACUUCUGUGGAGGCUCCUUGAUUAGUAAAUACUGGGUGCUCACAGCGGCGCAUUGUAACCAAGGGCUAGACAACAUGUUGAUUGUGGCCGGAGACUACUCUCUGAGCAUGUACGAGGGCACAGAGCAGUUCUUUAUUCCUCACCUACUGAUUCCACAUCCUCAGUACAGCAGCAAGACAAACAACGCAGACAUCAUGCUGAUCAAGCUGAGGUCCCCAGUGUACCUGAACAGCUAUGUGUCCACGGUCCCACUGCCCCGUCAGGGCGCAUCUGUGGCGGAGGGCAGGGUGUGCCGGGUGUCUGGCUGGGGAUUCACCAGCACCAACGGUGGCAUGCCCUCCACCCUGCGCACGGUCCAGCUGCCCAUCGUUUCCACAGCCAAAUGCAACAGCAGUGACUCUUUCAAUGGCAACAUCACCUCCGACAUGCUGUGUGCUGGCUACAGCGAUGGAGGGAAAGAUGCCUGCAAGGGGGACUCUGGGGGUCCUCUGGUGUGUGAGGGGCGUGUCUACGGCCUGGUCUCCUGGGGGAGAGGUUGUGCUGACGCCCAGUACCCUGGGGUGUACACAACUGUGUCAAAUUUCCGCAAGUGGAUUGACCGGACCAUAUUCAGCUACUACAGCAGGUGCAUCACGUAUUAACGCACAGUGUUUCUGAAACAUUACACGUCUUGAACUUGAAACACAUGUUCCUAACACACAACACAAUUCCCAGUUUGAUGUAGCUUGUAACUUGUUCUAAUAUAUUUCACCGUUUCCGAAUUGUGCACAAUAAUCGACCUGGGUUAAUUCUCAAGCUUGAAUAUUUAUAAUUUCAUGUUAGAUAGGUUUUCUUUUUAACUUUUAUACGACAAUAGGUCAGCAUACAGUACUUCCUUAUGCUGUGGAAGCAACUGAGUACAUGUAGACCAUCCACCCAAGGUGCCAUAUUGUUAUUUGUAGUGCCCAGUAAAACCUAGUAUGUAUAGUAGAUCCACUUCUAAGAACCUAGUAUGUAUAGUAGAUCCACUACUAAGAACCUAGUAUGUAUAGUAGAUAGUAGCUAUGACGACCAUACAAACACCUAGCAUUUGACCUGUGACAUCGCUUUUGGUGACAAAAUAUAAAAAUGCCAAGCCUGGUUCAUUUACGUAACUACGUACUGUAGUGUUCAGCCAGCCUCACGUAGUCCACACUUAAAGCACCUUUCAGUUUUGGAGUUGAGUGAAUGUACUGUAUAGAGCUAUAAUGUACUGCCUAUGGACUGAAAAGGCUGAAAUUGUUAGUCUUUCAAACAAUAAAAUAAACUUUGUGUUGUUGUGUUUUAUAAAAUAAAAAACUACCAAUUCAA